UCGCAAGCAAGAGGGUAAAGAGGAUAAACAUGGGGAGGGUUAGAAGGGAUUUAUACUUUGUGUCCCCAGUAAGGGGCAAGAGUAGCACAGCAGGUUCCGUGUCUCUCCCCUUAUAACACUGCAGUGCUCUCUCUGGUAACUGCUGCAGCCUGAAACGUCUUUCUUUGUAUCUUUUUCUGAGUCCCAGCCAGGUCACAUGAUGGGGGAGGGGUGUUGGACAGAAGCAAUGUUACAAUAUGGUUGUGCAAGUGAAAUCUGCUUGUGUUUGGGAGAGAGAGAGACUUGUUGCAUGGUGAAAUUAGGAAGCCUUCUAUUGGCAAGACACCAUGGCAGAAUUGUAAAUUCCUGGGCGCUGUGCCACCCUUCAUGCCACAUGGGAAGCAAGAGUGCUAUGUCACCAGCCCUCAGCCAUCCAGCUGAUACUCAGCAACAGGGGAUUUUGGAUGAGUUGAAGAUGCCUUUCUCCCAUGCAGCAAUAGGGAAUUUUUUCCAAGAAAGACCUUCUUUAGGAAACCAAUUCCUAGAGGAUGCUCUGCUCCAAAGUUACAUAAAGAGGCACCUCCCUCCUCAGAUGGUCAGUGAGGUGAGUCAGGACUAUAUUCGCUUUGCUCAGCGCUUAGUGGAGGAAAUUGAUUCACUAGGAAGGGACUGUGAGCUGAAUCUACCACGGUUACAACAAUACGAUGCCUGGGGCCGCAGGGUGGAUCAGAUUAUUACCUGCUCGGCUUGGAAGAAAAUGAAAGAAGUUUCAGCAGAGGAAGGCCUGGUUGCAGAAGCAUAUGAGAGAAGAUAUUCCAGCUGGAGUCGUCUUAUCCAGGUUAUCAAGAUCUAUCUGUAUUCUCCCUCUGCUGGACUCUUCACCUGCCCCCUAGCUAUGACUGAUGGCGCUGCCAAGGUUAUUGAGUCUCUGGGUGUCCCAGAACCAUUGCAGAAUGCCUACAAUCAUUUGACUUCACGAAAUCCCAGCAGUUUCUGGACCUCUGGACAGUGGAUGACAGAACGUAGAGGAGGUUCAGAUGUAGCGGUUGGUACAGAAACCAUUGCACACAGACAGGAGGAUGGCACAUACAGGUUACAUGGAUACAAAUGGUUUACAUCUGCCACAGACUCAGACAUGAGCUUGACCUUGGGCAGAGUAGUGGACAACCAUGGAAACACAGUGGUGGGAACUAAAGGACUCUCUCUGUUUUAUUUGGAAGUACGAGAUGCUGAAGGAAAUCUAAACGGCAUUGAAGUUCAGAGGCUUAAGGAAAAGCUAGGAACUCGGCAGGUACCAACUGCUGAGCUGCUGCUGGAUGGAGUUAAAGCCCUGCAGAUUUCCCCUGAAGGUCGUGGUGUGGCUUCUAUCUCCAACAUGCUGACUAUAACCCGCAUCCAUAAUACCAUCUCUGCAGUAGCAGGAAUGAGGAGAAUCAUUAAUUUGGCAAGGGAUUAUGCAGCCAAAAGAUUUGUCUUUGGGAAGUUGAUAAAAGAACAUCCCCUUCAUAUUCAGACCAUGGCACGAAUGGAGGUUGAAGCCCGUGGGGCUUUUCUUUUUUUGAUGGAGAUUUCUCGACUUCUGGGACUAGAAGAAACAAACAUGGCGACACAACAGGAUCAGCAUCUCCUUCGCUUACUAACUCCUGUCGCUAAACUUUAUACAGGCAAACAGGCUCUUGCAGUUAUAUCAGAGGGUCUGGAAUGCUUUGGUGGACAGGGAUACAUGGAGGACACAGGACUGCCUGCUAUGCUCAGAGAUGCUCAGGUUCUGACUAUCUGGGAAGGGACAACAAACAUCUUGUCUUUAGAUGUACUGCGGUCGGUCAUCAAGAGCAAUGGGAAAGUGCUCAGUGCUUUCUUUUCAACUGCCCAGGAAAAACUGGAUCGUGCAUCGUGUGUCCCCAGCUUGUCGCAGGCAGCAAAGCACACUAUGAAAGCUUUAAACAAACUUAUGGCCUUCACGCAAGAAGCUGGACAGCUCGGGGGCAACUAUAUGGAACUUGCUGCACGAGACUUCGCUUACAGCCUGGCUAAAAUCUAUAUUGGCACCCUUUUAUUGGACCAUGCAGCCUGGGAAGGAGCAUCUGCCACAGACAUCUACUCUGCUCAGAGGUGGAGUGACCAGGAUCUCUGCCCCGUGGAUAAAGCCAAGGCAUCAGGCUGUUAUGACUCUGAGUCAAUGUCCCUAGACAGACAGUUAGUGUAUGACAAUAGCCCUCUUUUAAAAGGAAAAUUAUAAACAUCCACAGCAAAAGUAACAUUGAUAAUCUUCAGUCGUGCACAAUAUUUGUAUCAGAAAAUAAUAGUAUAUAAAGAGAGGAUAAUGUAUCACCUACCAUAAUUUAUAAGGCUAAGUCUCCAAGGAGUUUCAUGGCCAUAGAAAAAACCAGGGGAAUGGAACGCUGCGGUAACUUCUAGUUUUUUUUAUUAUAGAAUUUGAGUAUGAUAUAAUUUAUAAUGUACAAAAAAACUAUUUUGAACUAUAAUUCUGCCCCAUCUCCUUCUUCCCCCCCCCAAUAGUUUCUUAUCAGCAGUUUAUGAAGUAAAUGAAAAACAAUAUAUGGUGUUACCCAAUUAAUAUGCAAACGGCUGCUAAAUAUCCAAAAUAGGAUCAAAAAUUAAACUUAAAAUCACCAAGGAUAUGAUAUAAGAACUUUCAGUUGAAAACUCCUAUUCAAAACUUGAUUAACUAAAAAUGUGAAAAAAAGAAAAUGCAACAAAUUUGCAUUCUAUUAUCUAGACAAACGAAUUAAAAAAAAAAUGUAUUACAUUUUGGCUAUGACAACUCCCAUGGACUUCUACAUAACUGACAGAUUUUAGAUGCUAAAUUUUGCAUUCAAGUUUUUUGUGCUUAAUAAAUCUACUAAAUUUUGGUGGUAAGAAAUUGAAUACAAUCGUUUGAUAAAUUG